AUGAUUUCAUCUUAAAAUGUUGAAAGCGAACCAUUUACACUUAUCACAACUAAAAGAUAAAUAUUUAGUACAGAAAAUGAAUCGAAAUUACAUCAAAUUAAUAAAUAACAUUCUCUUCUUGAUUAAGCUGACAAUUUAAGUUAAGAAAAGUAAUAAAAUACAAUUUAUAAAUAAAGCAAAGAUAUAAACUUUAUUGAGUUUAUACAAUCAAGAAGUUCUAUGAUUCCAACAGUAAAAGUUUAAUCCCCAAGUAAUAAAUAGGUUUUUUAAAGUUAAGAUGGCUAUUAUAUGCAAGCUAGUAUGCAUUUUAGUUAAGGGUAAGGUAUUUUUUUUAAUUGAGAGUUUGAAUAAAGUUUGGUCGAAUGGAGGUUUUAAAAUUAUAAAAUAUGUUGCGAGAUUCUUAUACUAAUUGAAAACCAAAGCCGACAAAUUAAAAAUAAAGUUAAUGAAUAAUGAGAUUUUUAAUAAAUUAGGGGAUAAAAGCUCUGAUUUUGAAAAUUUUAAGAAAGUAAAUCAAAAAUAAAAAUAAAAUGGUUUAUUAUGUCAAUUGGUUAAAAAAAUAACUUUCUAAACUUUUUAAUUUUCGAAUUUAAUAAGCCAAAGUUUAAAUAAAAUAACAAUCAUUUACCCUGAAAGUUCAUUUAAAAUAAUUUGGGAUACAGUAGUAGUUUGUUUCAUAGUAAUAAAUAUAUUUUUUAUACCUAUGAGUCUUAGCUUUGAAUUGGAUAAAUCAAGUCAAAUAUCUACAUUAUUAUUUGAAACUAUUCCUAGUUAUAUUUUUAUUAUAGAAAUUCUUUUAAACUUUAAUACUGCAUAUUAUAAUUAAGGAGUUAUUCAUACAAAUCGAAGUGAUAUAUUUUUUCAUUAUAUAUCAAACAAUUUCAUUUGGGAUUUACUUAUAGCAAUACCAUUUAUUUUAGCAUAAUUUAAUAUACCUUAUGUAUAGUUCAUUUUGCUAUUACGAAUAGCAAGAGUAAGAUCAAUGAUACAGAAUGUAGAAGAUCUUUUAAAUGCAAAAGAAGAAGUUUAAGCUGUGAUUGAAUUAGGAAAAUUAGUAUAUUUUUUGGUUUUAGUUGCUCAUAUGUGUAGUUGUGGUUGGCAUCUUUUGGGUAGAAUUGAAUAUGAAGUUUAUUAAGAUGAAAAAAGCUGGCUCAUAUAUUAUGGCCAUUAUCAAUAAUAAUGGUAUGAUAGAUAUAUAGUAUCUUUAUAUUGGAGUGUAAUAACAACUUUAACAGUGGGUUAUGGAGAUAUUGUACCUUAAACUUCAAUUGAAAGACUUUAUGUAAUUGUUGUAGCCAUGGUAUUAUGUGGUGUUUUUGGUUAUAUUAUUUCAACUAUCGGAGAAAUUUUAAAAACUUUAGAAGAGAAACAAGCUUUACUGAAAAAGUCUAUGAAAAAAGUAAACUAAUAUAUAAAAUAAAAGAAAUUAAAUUUACAAUUAUCUCUUAAAGUGAGAAAAUAUUUUGAAUUUAAGCAUCAAAUAGAUGAAUAAUUAUAAGAGUAAGAUGAUUCUGUUUUAAAUAAGUUGAGUGGAUCAUUGAAAUAGGAAGUAUUAAUUGAUAUCUACAAACCAAUUUUAAUGAGAUCUAAAUUUUUAAAAGAGAAUAUUCCAGAAAAUCUAAUUAAUAAUUUAUGUUAAAAAAUUAAAUAGGCUACAUUUGCACCAGGAUUUGAUAUAGUUAAUGUUUAUGAUGCAGCUACAAAAUUAAUAUUUAUUUUAGAUGGUCAAGUUAAUAGUUAUUUUAUAUCUAAAGGACUUGAAGCACUUUAAAAGAAUGAAAAAGAAUCUAAUUCUGCUAUGAUUUAAAGAUAAUAUUAAAGAGGAGAUAUAAUUGGAGAAUAAGAAUUUAUUAUAAAUUCAUCAUAUUAAUUUUAUUUUAAAGCUCAAACAGUGUUAUCAAUUGUGUAUAUAGAUAGAAAUGAUUUUUUGUAAGUGAUUUAAGAAGAUGAAGAAUGUAGAUAAAAAUUUUAUUAAUUGAAAGAUAAAUUAACAUUUUAAAAAACAUAUGGUAAAACAUGCGAUGUAUGUAAAUGGACUCAUAGAUAUAAAGAUUGUCCUUUUGUAUUUUAUCAAACAAAUAUUUAUAAAAUUGUAAGAAAUGCAAAUAUCAAUUAUUUUUAACCAAGAAUGAGAUUUGAUAGAGAAAUAACCACUAGUUCAAAAUUAAUCGACCAUUAAAAUAUCUUAAAUAAAGGGAUUGAUUUUAUAUUAAAUUAAGGGUUUUUAAAUGAAGAGUAAAUAAAAAUAUAUAUAAAUUUAGGUAAUUAAAUGAAUCAUAUCUUGUUAAGCUUGGGUUUGAAUUUUAAGGAGGAUUAUGUGAGAAGUCUCAUUAAUCUUAGGAGAGUUAAUCAUAAGAUUCUCAUUAACCAGAUAAUUAUUCUAUAGCUCAAAGAAAAGGAUCUAAUUAGAUUGAAAAAAUGAGAGGAAGUUUAAUGAAUUAAAAAUUUAGGACUGGAUUAGGUUAAUAAAAUGUUAAUAUUAUCAAAAACUAAAAUUUAAAUUAAAAUUAAGAUGAUGAUUCAAAUGGAGCUCUUUAAAAUCCUUUUAUUCAAUAUUAACGUAAGACUGAAAAUGAAGUUCAAAUUGAUCUUAAAGAAUAUGCUAUUUCAAUUGCAAAUUCUAAUCACUAUAAUCUAACUAAUAAUACAAUAAAAUAAAAUCCAACUCCUUAUUCUUAAAGUAAUAUAAGAUUUUCAGUUAUUAAUCCAUAAGCUAAAACAGAAACUUCAAUGCCUUAAAAAGGUACUAUAAAUAUAUAAUAAACUACUCAUAAUUCUAUGAAAAUAGCAAACAAUAGUCAUUGUGUUGAGAGUGAGAAUGAAAAGAAUUAAUAAUAAUAAACUCACGGUACUAUAUAUUUCAUCCCUGAAAUUGAUAUAGAUAAAAUGAAAAAUUAUGAUUUCUAUUUCCCUUAAUUUAAUGUAAUGAAUAUUUUGGAGAAUUUGAAAAAGUAUCGUCUAAAUUAAUUUGAUGAUAAUAAAAAGAGAAAUAUAAAGGAGAAACUAAAAUCAAUAAGAAUAAAUAAAUCAAUGAAUAGGAUGCCAAAUACUUCAUUCAGAAAUAUAGAUGAAAGUAUUUGA